CUACAUGCUGCCACUUAUCCCAUAGAAGGCGUGAUCGUCGUGAUACAUGAUGGAAAACCAAGGUAAGGACCAUAUAACUAUGAUUUCCCGUACCCCAUAUGGCGGAAAGCCACAUGCGUGACAAGCUUGCAUCAACCUCUAGACCAGCCGGUCACUAUGUCGUCCUUCGAUAUCGAGGAACAAAAGGGUCAGUCAUCAAAGUCGGGCCUCGACGUGUUGCCCGGUCCUGGUUCCGACAAUGUCGACGACACAGUCCAUAUCAGAGCCGACAAGCUCGCUCGCAAACUGUCGGCUCGUCAAGUACAGAUGAUCGCAAUCGGAGGCACCAUUGGCACCGGUCUUUUUCUGGGUACUGGCAAAUCUCUGGCCACUGGCGGCCCAGCCUCGACGUUGAUCGCAUACGCCAUUGUCGGUGCAAUUGUCUUUGUGACGAUGUUGAGUUUGGGAGAAAUGGCCGCGUUUGUUCCUGUCGCCGGAUCCUUCUGCACGUACGCCGGCCGUUUUGUUGACGACUCGUUGGGAUUUGCGUUGACAUGGAAUUACUGGUUCAAUGAUGCUGUUUCUACUGCGUCGGAUAUAAUUGCUCUCCAGCUCUUGCUGCAAUUCUGGACGGAUAACUUCCCAGGCUGGGCUAUUAGUUUGAUCUUCCUGAUCGUCGUCAUCUGCCUCAAUCUGAUGUCGGUCCGAGUAUAUGGCGAGGUCGAAUACUGGCUUAGCUUGCUUAAAGUCGUGACGAUCGUCGUGUUCAUCAUCAUUGGAAUAGUGGUCAAUUGUGGAGGCAAUCGAGACCACAAGUACAUUGGCGGCAAAUACUGGCACAUUGGAGAUGCGCCUUUCGUCGAUGGCAUCGGCGGCUUCGCAUCUGUAUUCGUCACCGCCUCAUUCGCCUACGGGGGAACGGAGUCGAUUGCUGUCACCGCGGGCGAAACUAAAAACCCGGCCAAGAACUUGCCAAAAGUUGUGCGGAAUGUCUUCUGGCGUAUCCUACUAUUCUACAUACUCUCCAUCCUCCUGAUCGGUCUGAACGUACCAUACAACUACCCCAACUUGAGCGAGAAAUCGACGGCCACCAGUCCCUUUACGAUCGUGUUCACCGAAGUUGGAAGUCAUGUUGCCGGCAGCUUCAUCAAUGCAGUUAUCUUGACAAGCGUCAUCUCGGCCGCCAACCACGCCUUGUUUGCGGGCUCGCGCCUCAUGUACACACUUGCUGUCGAUGGAUAUGCUCCCAAGGUUCUGGGAAACCUGAACCGAUUCCAGAUCCCCUGGAUCGCAGUCUUGUGCACCUCUACCAUCAGCGGGCUCUGCUUCGGGGCAAGCUAUAUCGGCGCUGGUCAAUUGUGGACGUGGUUACAGAACAUCGUUGGCGUGUCGAAUCAGUUGUCUUGGAUCUGCAUCGGUCUAGCCUCCUUGCGUUUCCGGGCUGGCCUGAAAGCACAAGGCCUCGAACACCUGCUACCUUUCAAGAAUUGGACGUACCCAGUCGGGCCAAUCCUAGCAGUUGGGCUCAACUCUGUGUUGGUCCUAGUGCAAGGUUGGUCGUGUUUCAGUCCCACAUUCAGUGGGGUGGAUUUUGUCUCCUUUUAUAUCGAAAUUCCAAUCAUGUUGGUCAUGAUUGUCUUCUGGAAGCUGUUUAAGCGGACACGGUUCGUUCGGUUACACGAGAUGGACUUCGUUACCGAUCGAUACGACUUGAAUCCCGAGUACCGGGCAGAGCAUGAGGAACUCUCAGAGGCAGGCCAGACGGUCUCGACGAAGAAAAGAUGGGCUCAAGCACUCAACGAAGGAGAGGAAGGGACGUGGGUAGGCAGGGUAAAGAAAGUCGGGAUGUGGCUGUUCCUAUAGUUCAGUAUGUAAAUUAUCGAUACCAUCGAGCCGAGAAACCAAAACAAGGCUCCUUACGAUUUACG